AUGUGCAAACACAUCACGCGCAAAUGCGUCCGCGUUGCCGUUGGCUCCGCGCCACGGGACCAUGGAAGCGGCGAGCGUUUGCUUCCGAAUAAGAGUAGCGCCACAAAAAUGCUCCGCGACAUUGUAAAAUCCCGUGAGUUUGUGGCGGAAUUUUCGGCAAAGAAAAAUAAUCGAAAGUUUGCAGAAAUCAUCGAAAAAAUUCUGCGCCCGAUGAACUAUGAUCCGCAGUUGGGACACCGAAAAUUCAGCGUUCUUAUUCUUGACAAAAAUUCCAUGCGAGUUCUAAACUCUUGCCUCGGCCUUAAUGAAGUUUUCGAAGGUCUGAAAAAUCUGAAAGUUUCAAUUUUCAAAAAAAAAGACGUAUUGCAGAAGGCGUCACAUUGGUCGAAGACUUGACGCGAUGUCGCGAGCCGAUGCCGUCCAUAGAAGCCAUUUAUAUCAUUUCGCCGACGGCAGACUCGAUCCAGAGGCUCAUCGAAGAUUUCACUCAAAAAUCAAAAUACGCGCUGAAAAAUUCGUACAAAGCGGCCAACAUCUUCUUUCUGGAUCCCUGUGACGAUGAGCUCUUUGCCAAACUUUCAAAGAGUCCGGCAGUCAAAUUCAUCAAGACUCUCAAAGAGUUCAAUCUGAGUUAUGCUCCGCUCGAGCAGCAAAUCUUCACCGUUUCGAAUGCGGACGUCUCCAGAACCGCAGACGGAAUCGUCAGUCUCUGCGCCUCUUUGAAUCUCUAUCCAACUCUCAGGUAAUCUAGAAAAAUUAAGAGCGUUUGAAACAGAAAUUUUUGUUUUUGACGCUAUCACUCGGACUUCGCACAAAGUGCCGAACUGUGUUAUCGGGUCGAUCAGAAGCUGAAGGAGCUGCAGAAGCAUCAGAACGAGCUCGUCAUUGAAAACGAUGCACAACUCAUUAUUAUGGGUAAAGAGAUCAUUAUUCCCGUAUUUUCUUACCACAUUUUGCAGAUCGAAGCUUCGACCUAAUAUCUCCGCUGCUGCACGAGACUACGCUUCAAUCGAUGGCCGCAGAUUUGACAGAUUUUAAAAAUGGCAUCUACAAUUAUACGGCCAGCAACGGAGAGAAUAAAGUGACGUCGCUGGACGAGAAUGAUGUGUUGUGGACAGAAUUGCGGCAUAAACACAUUGCCGAAGUGCUGCAAAAAGUGUCCGCGAUCACCAAAGAGACUACGAAAAGUGCUCGUUCUCUGGACGAAUCCGCCUCGAUUCGAGAGCUCGGAGACACGAUCAGACAGAUGCCGGCCAGUCAGAAAAUGGUCAGCAAAUUGGCGUACGUGUUUACUCUAAAAAAAAUUGAAAAGAACAAACAAGUUUCCAGUGCGUACAUAAACAUUGCCGAUGAAUGCCAACGAAAGUUUUUCGAUGAACUCGAGAAAAUUAUUAUUUUGGAGCAGGACAUGGCCACCGGAUACACUCCCGAAGGCGAAAAACUGAAAGAUUCGCAAGCGGUCGCCCGUCUUUCCACACUGAUUUUGCCGGCAAUUCCGACAGAAACACGCCUUCGUCUCAUUCUCAUUUUCAUGCUCACCAUUGGAAAAUGUGUAUAAAAGGGAAACAACUGAAAAUAUUAUAACUUACUUACAGCAAAAGAUGAACAAUUCUUUUACCGGCUCCUGCACCACACUGACAUUCCGGAAGAGCAAUACGAAUUGGUCAGGAAGAUGCUCAUAUGGAGAAGCGUAGGAUGAUACCGUGAUGUGAAAAACUGUGAAAAUUGUUGCAGCACACGCAUCAUUCGCAUCCACGUCCGCUUUGCGAAGAAGAGCGAUUUCCGUCGUGCCGCUGGGAGCCGAAGAUUCGAGAAGUUUUGCAAGAGGCUGCGGAAAGAAGACUCGACGAACGAGAGUUCCGUUUUAUGAGCAAGAAGCCGGAGAGUACGGGGCAAAGGACGGCGAGCAGUGCCAGAUAUGGAUCAGGAUUGAACGGAAGAGCACGUGAGAAGAGGAAGAUCAUUCUUUUCAUUGUUGGUCAGUUGGUUUUCAAAGGUUCUCUCAUAAAAUUCUCGAAUUUUCAGGCGGCAUGACAUUCUCGGAAAUGAAGACGGUAUACGAGAUGUCCGCUCUGACGAACACCACAAUCUUUUUGGGCUCAGACGCUGUCCUCACGCCUUCAGAUUUUCUGCACACGAUACGAAAUUUCACUUAA